AUGUUUCGUUCAGCAACUGGUACAACAGUCGAAGAGCGAAUGGGAGAGAAGCCGGAAGAGCUGUUCGAAGGGCACACAAUCGGGAUACGCCAUAACUAUGGAUAUGGUCCUCCAAACCAUGAUGGGAAACACAAAGUGUUGGCAAUAUCACUCAUUGUCCUGGUUAUCGUUUUAGCUAUCCUCGUGGCUAUAGCAAUUGUCAUUUUGAUUAGAAAAAGGAAGAAAGAUAAAGCAAACGCAGGCAAACCAAAAACUUCUGAUGCACAAACGAAGACAGAAUCAUGA